UUCGCUCACGUGCGAUCGUUGUUUUGUGAGUGAUUCUGAAUAUCACUUUUCAAACCCGCGCAUGUUAGAUAUUUUCCAAAAGUCAAUUUGGUCUUAUUCUGUAUAUUUUUAAACGCUUCCAUUGCUUGAGCACAGAAAGUGUUAAUAAUGGCACAAGUUUCGAAUAUGGACUUCUGUUCCGAGUGUGGUUCAAUCAUGCCUGUUUUGCAGAAAAAAGGAGAUUUGAUUUGCUAUACCUGCAAGACAACUCAUAAAAUUGAAGCUUUGGAUUCGCAUGAAGUGCACUAUGUUCUGCACUUCAAUUCUAUUGAAAGCGGUGGAACACAGCAAGAGAAAAAGAAGAAAAAGACUAAGGAAACAGAAGCUGAGGGUCCUGUAUGUGAAAGAAAAUGUCCAAAAUGUGGCAAUGAUGUCAUGUCAUAUGCCACCCUGCAACUACGAUCUGCCGAUGAAGGACAAACUGUUUUCUAUACGUGCACUAAAUGCAAAUACAAGGAGACGGAAAAUUCGUAAAAGUGCUGUUCGAAUGUAUUUGUAACUUUUUCAUCAAUUUAUCAAUGAAAAUGAAAAAAUUUCGUACUCA